AUGUUUAUGCUUUCGCCCGCCAAACGCGCUAAAUCAGCGCCCCCUGCUAUACCCACUGCCCCUCACUGUCUAGUUGGUGCCUCCAAAACCAAGCAAUCUCAUCACACGAAACACGGCACGGCCUCCCAUGAUUUUGAAGUGGCUUUGAGCAAAGAACUGGACCCGGUUGUACAGGAUGGCCUUAGAUUGGCUCGAGACGCAACGAGCUUGAUUUAUUCGUCUGUUCAGUUGCUCACAACGCAGCUCAACAUGCUAAGAGACAACAAUCGCAAGCUUUCUGAAAGACUUUUCGAUGCGAGCGUGAAGAUUGAACAACUAGAAAGCGAGCACAAAGAAGACGGGCGCGAACUUGAACACCUCCAGCUCGAAAACGAUUUAUUGUGGGAGGCAUUACGCCGAAAAGCAGACAUAUUCCAGAGUUUGGAGAUGACGGUACAAGAGAAAGAUGAUAUUAUCGCGGCAAUGACGGCGUCGCUUGACAUGAAGGGCGAGGACAUGGAGGUGCUGCAGAAGAAAGUGGACAAUGUCUCGGCCAUAUUAAGAGGGCUUCGAAUGGGCAAGCCCAACUGGGCUCUAACUGACUCACAAGUUCAAACUGACACAGCAAGCCAUUCAGCGUCCAAUCAUAAUGGAUCGGUGUUGAAGCAAUUUGGAAGUGUUGUACCAGAGUACUCCGAACCACCAGGAUCGAUCGAGAACUUUGACUCUGACGAGAUUCCCAUCCGCCCAGCGAAAGCAAUACGUGUGUCCCCCUCACACCAAUACGCCAUGCAAGCUCCUCCGCCCGACUCUAGAUCUCCCUGA